CGCUCUGGGUGGGGCGGGGCGGGGUGUGAGCCGACCGCGGGCGCUGGGCGGGUCCGCGGUGCGGUCGGUUGGCGCUUAUUCUCGGGCUGUUUGGCGGACGAAGCUUCACAAAAGAUGUCUAAGCAACAGCCAACUCAGUUUAUAAAUCCAGAAACACCUGGCUAUGUUGGAUUUGCAAAUCUCCCCAAUCAAGUUCACCGAAAAUCAGUGAAAAAAGGUUUUGAGUUCACACUGAUGGUGGUCGGUGAAUCAGGUCUAGGAAAAUCAACUCUCAUAAACAGCCUAUUCCUAACUGAUCUCUACCCAGAAAGAGUCAUACCUGGAGCAGCAGUUUGUUUCUUUUCUAGAAAAAAUUGAAAGAACCGUCCAGAUUGAGGCUUCAACUGUUGAAAUUGAAGAGCGAGGGGUCAAGCUGCGCCUGACAGUGGUAGAUACCCCUGGCUAUGGUGAUGCUAUCAACUGCAGAGAUUGUUUUAAGACAAUUAUCUCCUAUAUUGAUGAGCAAUUUGAGAGGUACCUGCAUGACGAGAGCGGCUUGAACAGGCGGCACAUCAUUGAUAAUAGGGUGCAUUGUUGCUUUUACUUUAUUUCGCCUUUUGGACAUGGACUUAAGCCCUUAGAUGUGGCGUUUAUGAAGGCAAUACACAACAAGGUGAAUAUUGUGCCUGUCAUUGCAAAAGCUGACACUCUCACCCUGAAGGAACGGGAGCGACUGAAGAAAAGGAUUUUGGAUGAAAUUGAAGAACAUAACAUCAAAAUCUAUCACUUACCUGAUGCAGAAUCAGAUGAAGAUGAAGAUUUUAAAGAGCAGACUAGACUUCUCAAGGCUAGCAUCCCGUUCUCUGUGGUUGGAUCCAAUCAGUUGAUUGAAGCCAAAGGAAAGAAGGUCAGAGGCCGCCUCUACCCCUGGGGUGUUGUGGAGGUGGAGAACCCAGAGCACAAUGACUUUCUGAAGCUGAGAACCAUGCUCAUCACCCACAUGCAGGAUCUCCAGGAGGUGACCCAGGACCUUCAUUAUGAAAACUUCCGUUCUGAGAGACUCAAGAGAGGCGGCAGGAAAGUGGAGAAUGAGGACAUGAAUAAAGACCAGAUCUUGCUGGAAAAAGAAGCUGAGCUCCGCCGCAUGCAAGAGAUGAUCGCAAGGAUGCAGGCGCAGAUGCAGAUGCAGAUGCAGGGCGGGGAUGGUGAUGGCGGGGCUCUCGGGCACCACGUGUAAGGUGAUGUGCACAUAGCAAGAAGUCAGAAAACACUUUCCUGGAUAAAAAAGAAAACAUUCCAGAUGCAUGAUCCAGCUGUGUGUUUUCAAUCCUUGGGAGGGUGCCAUCCACAUUUUAACAGUACCUGUGCCUGAGAAUUUAAUUUUUAAAAGACUUUUGAUGUGUUUUUUGUAUGAAGUACUUUUAACAUAUGUAUUUCAUUGCUGUGUUAUAGUCUGUAUUUUGUGAGGUGAAUGUUUUCCCUCUUUCUCCCUAACCACUAAUGUUAGAAUUGAUUUCCAAGAAUCGGCAUGUAUACUUAAUACUGAAUUUCUUUGAUUUAACUGACUUAACAACUGACUAACCAUUGAUGAGCACUCCUGAUUUAUAUCUAGAACAUUCAGAUUUAGCCAUAAUGUUCCUUAAUGGUAGAGGCAUGU